GCCUGGGAUAAAGAACAUGGGGAGUCCCACUGCCAAGCAUUCUGCCCCCAGAUGAACAGUCUUGGAAAAGAGCACCCACAUCCUUCCAUCGGUCCUACCUGGGGGAGGCGGGCAGAGAGGGCGCUAAGAGGCGCUCUACUCAGCAAUCAUGGCCCCAGGUCCAGGUCAGAGCCCUUCAGCCUGUCUGCUGGGCUCAGAGGCACAGGGAGGGAAGCGGGGGGAAAAGAGGGGAUGGAAUGGGGGCGCAUGCUGCCCAGAGAUGCUCUCUCCGCCAGGCCCAUCUGUCCCCAGCCGGCCGAGGCCAUGCCCUCCCCAGGGACCGUCUGCAGCCUGCUGCUCUUCAGUGUGCUCUGGGUGGACUUGGCCAUGGCGGGCUCCAGCUUCCUGAGCCCCGAACACCAGAAAGUGCAGCAGAGAAAGGAAUCUAAGAAGCCGUCAGCCAAACCAAAGCCCCGGGCCCUGGAAGGCUGGCUUGACGCAGACGUCAGAAGUCAGGCGGAAGGCACAGGGGACGAGCUGGAAAUCCAGUUCAGCGCCCCCUUUGACGUUGGGAUCAAGCUGUCAGGGGCUCAGUCCCACCAGCACGGCCAGACCCUGGGGAAGUUUCUUCAGGACGUCCUUUGGGAAGACGCCAGCGGUAAGUCCUUUCUCCAGUUUCCUCGGAGUCCCAAUGUGAGUCCGCCUAUGGCGGAAGCCUCCGACGAGGUCUCAGGAAACGUCCUGUCCGGGUGUCCUCCAUCCCAGCGGGCUCUCAAACAUCCUCGAGCAGGGACACACAGGCAGAGCUCACACGGCCUUUCUCCUGUCAGGCCGCUGGUCAUCCUGGAGGACUCCUGA